AUGCUGCUAAAGUGGUUUUACAUCAUCUCCUGGGUAUGGUGCGUUCAAGUCCCUCCAGUCUUCUCUGGAAAGCUACAGCUGGGCACUCCAGAGCAGUGCAAGAGUAUUGACUUUGUGCCUGGAUACAACCUUGGCGGUGAAGGUUUCGACAUCGUGAAGAUGGAGAGAAAAGACUACUAUGUGAUUGACAUGGAAAAAUGGGACAGGGGAAACGGCACUUGUGCCAUUUGUCAAAACAUCUACGCUGGAGGAGCAAAGCAGAAGCUACCUGUUGGCGUGGAACACUGGAGGACAGAGCCUCACUGUUCACUGAAGAUAACAAGCAGAAUCUACGAAUCUAGUGAGGCCCUCAUCAAUGAUUCCACUUCAUCAGUCAGUAACAACUGGAAAGUUGGUUUGAAUUUGCCAAUGGUGGCUGGAGUGUCAUUUGGUGGAAGUCAUUCCAGAGAUGCGACAUAUGCAGCAAGUAAAUCAAAGACAGACAAGAGCAGUUUCACUAAGCAUGAAAUGAAGUGCAGCUACUAUAGGUAUGUUAUAACUCGUAAACCCCCUCUGCAUAAAGACUUUCUUCAGACCAUUGAGGCACUUCCAAAAUCGGAAAAUCCUCAAGCCUACAAGAACCUGAUUGACACAUAUGGCACUCAUUACACCACCAAAGUCACACUGGGUGGUGAAAUGAAAGCCAUUACAGCAAUCAAAUCCUGCCAGGCUUCUAUGAGUGGGUUAACAGACACUGCAGUGAAAGACUGCUUGGACGUUGAAGCUUCUGGAACACAUAAGAGUUUAACUCUGAAGGCAGAAUUCCAGCGCUGUCAAGAACUGAAGAAGAAAAUGGGCACUCAGCAGAGUUUCAGCAGUAUGUUCAACGACCAUGAAACAGAAAUCAUCGGAGGAAACAUCAAUGGAGGGGCUCUAAUCUUUUCUAUCAAAUCACAGCCAGAUAUACUUACUGCAUGGCUGGAGUCUUUGAAGACCAUACCAGGCGUGGUCACGUACUCUCUCAAGCCACUUCACUUGCUUUUAGAUAAAAAACAUCCUGCCAGGAGACCACUGCAGACAGCAGUGGAGAAAUACAUCAAGGACAAUGCGUUAAAGAAGGUUUGCUCCGAAAAAUGUAAGAUCGGAAGGCAGUGCAGUGCUAGGGAUCGUUGUGCCUGUGUGUGUAACAGAAGCAAAAAUAUUCACUCCAACUGCUGUCCUGCUGGAAGAGGUCUUGCCACACUGAAAGUCUAUGGGCUCCGGGCCAAAGGUUUAUAUGGAGAUGUAGCAACUCAAACAGAUGGCUCUGUGAAAGUGUCAUAUGGUCCUAUAAUUAAGCGCACUGAGGUGAUUAACAAUAAUGACAACCCCACUUGGCCAGAGACAUUUGAGUUUGGGCCCAUUCAAAUUUCCAUGGCAACUAAACUCACAUUUCAAGUCUAUGACGCAGACAGUUAUUGGAACAGUGAUCUUCUUGGAACAUGCUCCUUUGAUCUUAGAAGUGGGAAAGUCAGCGACACCUGUUUUUUUAAAUAUGGCACUUUCUUCUUUUCCUAUUCUGUGCAAUGUGCUCCCAGUCUAGGGGGUCCACAAUGUAAUGAAUAUGCGCCCUCUCCUAUGGAGCCCUCACUGGCCAAGAUAUUCCACUCCAGAAAUGGCAUCCUGGCUAAAGACCUGUGGAAGCUUGAAUUAGGGCGUAAUUACACAGAUGAGUUGAGAGUCAAGACUUUUAAGGGGAAAGAAUUCAGUCGUAUGUAA